AUGGUGGAAAGGCUCCCCGGAGUAGCUCCCCCCAUCCGUAGAAGUGAUCCAAGGUCGUACUCCGACACGCCUUUCGUGAAGGAGAUUGCUUCGAUCGAGAUGCCUCGAAAGUUCUCUUUUCCGAGCAUCAAGAUGUACGAAGGAACUGGAGAUCCUGACAACCACAUCGCCCAGUACAAGCAACGCAUGGUAGCCGUGGCUAUUCCGAAAGACGCAAGGGAAGCCACCAUGUGCAAGGGCUUCGGGUCAACUCUAACCGGUCCUGCCCUCCAAUGGUACAUCAACCUCCCCACGGGGUCCAUAGCAUCCUUCGCCGCCCUCAGCGACAAGUUCGUGGAACAGUUCGCUUGUAGCCGCCACCUGGAGAAGAGAUCAGAUGACCUCUACGAGAUCCAACAAUACAGAAACGAAUCCCUACGCUCCUACAUAGCUCGUUUCAAUCAAGAGAAGGUCUCCAUACCCGAGUGUAACGCCGAUACAGCAAUCUCAGCCCUCAAGAAGGGCCUACUCCCGGAGGGAGAGCUCUACAAGGAAUUAACCAAGUACAGAUGCGGAGACAUGGCGGAUGUACUAUCCCGUGCCUGGGCCCAAGUAAGGUGGGAAGAAGACGUCGUGAGCAGGGCCAAGGUUUCCUCCAAGUACGAUCAGAAGUCCUCCAAACCAUCGAAAGACGAGCGUGAAGAAACCAUCCGAUCCCGACCUUCCCGGGAAUCCACUAAUCAGAGCAGGGGCAGAUACCAACAUCGCCCCUUACCUCGGUCCGAAGGAAUGAUGGUUUCAACUUGGCCCAGCAUCUCCCACCUAGCGAUAUCCAAACCGGAGCUCAUUGGAGUCUUGAGGCAGAUGGGCCCACAAGUCAAGUGGCCACCUAAAAUGAGGUCCCCUGACGCUACCGGAACCCUAAAAGAUGGUGUGGAUUCCACAACGAUCACGGCCAUACCCGGAAGACUGCGUAGCCUUAAGGUUGGAAGUAGCCGAGCUCCUCAAGAAGGGUUACCUAAGGGAGUUCCUCUCGGAUAA